GAAUUCGAGAACACGCGCCGACAGGUCACCGCCUGGAAGCAGGGCGGCGGCCCGGGCCCUUCCGGCGCCGGCCCCGGCGCCCCUGCCGAGGACGACGACGCGAGGAGGGAUAGCCCGAGAGCUGCAGGAGCAGUUCGCGGCGGAGGAGCAGGGGGGCGGCGCGAGCGGCUUCGGCGGCGGCGGCUUCCCCGAGGAGGCCUUCCCCUCGCCGCCGGCCGACUCCUGGGGCUCCCCCGCCGCCGAGCCGCACCCCUCCGAGCGGCAGCCCGGCUCGGACCACGGGCUCGAGACCUCCCGCUCGAGCAAGAAGAAGAAGGAGAAGAAAAAAAAGAAGGCCGACGACCCCGCCGCGUGGGGCGGCGACGGCUUUGGCGCCGGGGAGUUCGCAGACGGCGGCGGCGGCCUGGCGGCGGGCUCCGCUAGCUGGGCGGCCGCCGGCGACGGAGGCUUUGGCGGCGGCUGGGACGCCGCUGCGGCCGAAGGCGGCGGCGACUUCGGCGGGGGUUUCGGCGACCCGGCCGCGGACUUCGGCGGAGGCUUCGGCGAAGGCGGCUUCGGCGAGGGUGCCGGCGCGGCGUGGGGCGGCGGCGAGGGCGGCGCCCCGGGCGAACCCGACGCCGUCCCGGCGGCCGCCCCGAGCGCUUUCGACGGCGGCGCGGGCGCUUUCGACGGCGGCGCGGGCGCCUUCGACGGCGGCGCGGGCACCUUCGACGGCGGCGCGGGCGCCUUCGAGGACUCUGCCCUGGGCUGCGGCGGAGCGGCGGCGUUCGAGGGCGCCGCUUCGGACCACGGGCUCACGGACGACGAACUCGCGCCGGCGGGCACGCAGCGGGCCACGAUGCACAUCAACUGCCAGUACAGGGACAUCGGCGACGAGGACGAGUUCAGGACGAAUGCCUUCGUGCAGAAUGUUGCGCUAGCUGUGGGAGUCCCACCGCACCGGAUCAGGAUAAAGGCGGUGCGCCCCUCCUGA